AUGAACGAGUACGCCGAAUACGAUUGGAGGUUGCAGCAGAUGCAGAACGAGCGUCUGUGCGACGUAUCCAGGAAGCGGCUCACAGACGGGGACAAGCAGCGUGCGCUGGACGGCCUAAAAGAGGCCGUGGACUCCAGUCUCAACCUCGCGCUGCGCGACAAGAGCCGCUGUCAGGAUGACAAUUUUCUGAGGCGGUUUUUGUACGCGCGCAAACACGACGUGCAACAGAGCUUCGAGCUGCUGGUCCGCUACCACCAGUACCGGCGCGAGCAUCCGGAGUUGUGGGCGUCCGCCGACGGGGGCGUCCUGCGCGCUCUGGCUGACGGGUUGCCGGGUGUGCUGACGCAACGCGACCGCCGCGGCAGAUGCGUGCUCCUCAUGUUCGCGUCCAACUGGACCCCGCACGCGUGCCCCCUGCUCUCCGUCUACCGGGCCCUGCUGUUGACGCUGGAACGGACGCUAACGGACGUUCAGAACCAAGCGAACGGCUACGUUAUCAUCGUUGACUGGACCGAGUUCACGUUCAAGCAAUCGUGCAGUCUGCAGGCGAAGGUGUUGAAGCUUAUGAUCGACUGCCUGCAAGACUGCAUGCCGGUCCGUUUCAAGAGCAUACACUUUAUUGGGCAGCCGUGGUACGUGGAAACUGCGCUGGCGGUCAUAAAGCCCUAUUUGAAAGCGAAGACAAGGGAACGAAUUGUGCUGCACGGGAAUAAUUUGUCGACACUCCACGACGCCUUGCCCCUCGAUAUUCUCCCAGCCGAAUUGGGUGGUGAAGGGCCCUCGUACAAUUCGGAGCAUUGGCUGAAGGAGUUCUGUCAAUGUGAGAAUAUUAAUGCCUCACCUGUUUCGACAAUAACUGCUAAUGCACAGCCAGAUAAUGAAUUGCCGGCCGCUAAACUCGAUAAAGCGUACAUCCAUAAAGACAACCAAAACUUUUCAUUUCACGGCAACGAGAAGAGCGCUAAGUCAGGGUUAUUGCGUGAUAAAGAC